AUGAAAAGUGAAUUAUCAGUCAACUUGAAGUGUGUUUUAUGUGCGACGUUUCAAGAAUUUGAAAAACAACUUUUUUCAAUCCGUAUUCUGAUUUUCAAAUUCCUUCAAAAACUCUCACGAAAAACUGAAUCGAAAAAUCUUAGAUAUUCAGGAAAGAAUAAUAUUUAUCCACAAUUAGCGAAGGAAAUCGAUAAGAUCAGUGAAAAAAAUAGAGGAAGAAAAAGAGAGAUAGGAAGUGAUGAAGAGAGUGUUAGAAAUGAAAGAGACUGUCUGAAGAAAUCAAGAAGACGUCUUCUUUCAAUCAAGUUUUUCGUUUUUUUUUUCUGUCUUUUACCAUUUUUUCUAUCAUCUUCUAUCUUUUUCCUCUAUCUCUUCUAUCUUACUGUUGGAAAAUGA